GCUUGCUCCCUCUUUCUCUUCCUCGCGUGGCGUCGUCCCCCCAGUGCUCCCCGGCUCCGGCUCGUCUCGGCCCUCCGUGCCCAGCCAUGCCCAACAUCGUGCUUUUCAGCGGGAGCUCCCACCAGGACCUCUCCCAGCGCGUGGCUGAUCGCUUGGGGCUGGAUCUGGGGAAGGUGGUGACGAAGAAGUUCAGCAACCAGGAGACCAGUGUAGAGAUUGGUGAAAGUGUUAGAGGGGAAGAUGUAUACAUUGUCCAAAGUGGUUGUGGAGAAAUAAAUGACAACUUGAUGGAGCUUCUCAUCAUGAUCAACGCUUGCAAGAUUGCAUCAUCUUCCCGUGUGACAGCAGUAAUCCCAUGUUUUCCUUAUGCUAGGCAAGAUAAGAAAGAUAAGGACCAAGGUAGAUGGAGCAGAGCUCCCAUUUCUGCAAAACUUGUUGCCAACAUGUUAUCAGUUGCUGGAGCAGACCACAUUAUCACCAUGGAUUUGCAUGCUUCCCAGAUACAGGGCUUCUUUGAUAUCCCUGUGGACAACCUGUACGCAGAACCAGCUGUGUUGCAGUGGAUCAAAGAAAAUAUUGUGGACUGGAGAAACUGUGUCAUUGUGUCUCCUGAUGCAGGUGGAGCAAAAAGGGUCACCUCAAUUGCAGACAGGCUUAAUGUUGAAUUUGCCCUAAUUCACAAAGAAAGGAAGAAAGCCAAUGAGGUAGACCGAAUGGUCUUGGUUGGAGAUGUGACUGAUCGUGUAGCAAUUCUUGUGGAUGAUAUGGCCGACACCUGUGGCACAAUAUGUCAUGCAGCUGACAAGCUGGUUUCCGCAGGGGCAACUAAAGUUUAUGCAAUUCUCACUCAUGGGAUCUUCUCUGGCCCUGCUAUUUCUCGGAUCAAUAAUGCUGCAUUUGAAGCUGUUGUUGUAACUAACACAAUUCCACAGGAAGAAAAAAUGAAACAUUGUCCUAAGAUCCAGGUUAUUGAUAUUUCUAUGAUUCUGGCUGAGGCAAUCAGAAGAACACACAAUGGUGAAUCUGUGUCCUACCUGUUCAGCCAUGUCCCCCUAUAAUUUCAAGUCAACAUUGUUCUACAUUUAGGAGCCCUACAACGAAGAACCCAACUCAAUAUUAAGAUAAUUAAUAUCUUGGAAAGCUUUAGGUUGACUCUGCAUUUCCUACUUCUACUAUGGACAAUAAGUAAAAUGGCAACAUCAUUUUCAUUGAUUGCAAAUUUACACACUUUGUGCAUUAAAAGUAGUAGUUGCCAUGAUUUAUUUAGAUGAGUAAAUAUCACAUGAAAAAUAACAUGACAUUUUCAAAAGCCACAGUUGCCUAAGGAGUUUGCAUUUACAACAUAAUGCUAUAUCUGUUUAUAGUCUUCAGACAUUUAGAUAAAAUGUUCAGGUUGAUCCCUUUCUGGGGGACAAGUGAUCCAGGCUACAGAUUUUUUAUAGGAAGGUGGUAAUCAUUUUGCUGGUCUUGAAAUUAGUCUUGGGGUAAUUAUUAACUCCAUUUCUUCUCAUCCAAAGAAUCUUCUGCUUCAAAUGUUUGUUUGAAAGAGUAGGAUCUCAGUAUACAGCAUCGUUCAUCUCAAGUUACUGACUUAUGUUUAACAUUGCAAAUCUUUCUGUUACAAUUAAAUGAAGGUCCAACUAUAUCAUGUGCUUUGUUAAGUGACUUUUUUAAGAUUGAAAAAUGUGCAGUUCUUUCAAACUAUAAACACAUCUAUAAUUAAUAUUUAAGCUAAUUACACAAUUCUAGUGGCUUGUUCCAUCAAAACUGGAUUACUAUCAAAACUCAUUCCCACCUGCACUGUAGCCUUACAUGUAUAAAAGUGGAUCACAUGAACUUGCUUCUAUGGUGUUUGGACAAAUUGGCAGCCAGCUUGUUAAGCAAAGCCAAGAGUGAAUUCUGAGAGGGCUCCAGUUUUGGGGGUGCAAGCUGGAUUGCUGGCAGUAGUUACUCCUUGACAAGCAAGCCAGCAACAAAGUUAGUAUUUUCUACAGUUGCUACUAUAAAUAGCAUGCAUCAAUCCAAAUUAAAUGCAGAAUGAGAAAUAAGAGUGUCUGCCUUAAAAAGAAAUGCCAGGUUUCAGGAAUUAUCCCAAGCAUGCAAGCUUAUCCUUCCUAUUAAAAAUAUGAUUUUAAGUUUGAUUGUUUUAUUCUUUAUUUCCAAUUAAAAGAAUUUAUUUUAUAAAAAUUCUAUCAGUAUAUUUGAUAUUUGAGAUAUAUUAAAAUUUAAUUAUUAAAAGUAAACAAUAUAUUUAUUUUCUUGACCAUCCCUAACCCACACAAAAUCAUUAAUUUUAUUUGUGGGAGUGUCACAUGAAUGCAUAUAUCAUUUUAGAAGGCACCAUGAGUUUGAGAAUUUCUGGGUCAAUAUUGGGUCACCCUUACCUAUUCGAUGAUGAUGAUGAUGAAGAAGAAUCAUGCUACAGAAACAACAUCAGUCCUGUUAGGCCAGAACAUUGUUGCUCCAACCCAUUUACUAACGCAGGCCUACGUAAUACUUCUCCAUAGCUUGUAUUUUGGUCAUUUACAUCCUCAAGGCCUAGUCCAUGCUACAUCCCUAUUAAAAAAGGAGGCCACACAGACUUUCACAAUUCAUGCUUGCAACAUUGGGAACUCUUGAUUAUUUAAAGCUAUUCACAUGAGCUUUCUUCUCUUCUAGUAGUAAGUUGGAUAUGCCAAAACAGCCUGUAUUUUUAUAAUACAUUUUAAGCAGUUACCUUUUUUUUAAAGAUCGCUCAGUAUUUUCCACAACAGUUCCCUAAAUUGGUAUUCCUACCUGUAAAGUAAGCGAAGUUGCAGUACAAUAUCAUCUAAAGCAUGAAAUUCUUGACAGAGAAAAGUUGCAAUGUUUCUUAAGUUUAAUCCUAAAGUAGUAUACAAAGUGUUGCAUUGCCCAAACUAUUUUUGUUACCCUAAUGUAAUAUUUGAUAUAGCAUUCGUUCUUUGUAUCUCUAUUUGUCUUUUAGUGUGAUCCUAAGAAAGCUGAGCCAAAGUUUGUUAACGUGUUAAGUUAUAAAUCAAGUCUCCUUUUCAAGUGCUAUCAGAAAGUCUGUUCAUUGUUUCAAAAUGUCUCAAUAAAUCUUAAAACAACA